CAAAUCUCAAAAUCACAUUCUGUUGUAUAAGCGUCGGCGAACGGCGAUGGCAAGCGACUCGCGCGUCCGUGUCCUGAGCCGGAGCACCGUCAAGGCGUUAGGCUCCAACGCCGCACCCGCACCACCGCGUCUCCUCGCCGUCUCCAACCUCGACCUGCUGCCUCAGAACAUCCCCGUCUCGCUCUUCUGCGCCUACCGGCGGCCCUCCUCCGGCGGCGGCUUCGGCGACGUCGUCGCGGCCUUCGAGGCCAAGCUGCCGUCCUUGCUCGACCACUUCCUCCCCCUCACCGGCCGCAUCGUCGUCGACCCGCGGUCCGGGCGCAGGGAGAUGCUAAACUGCGACAACCAGGGCGCCGAGCUUGUCCUCGCCGAGGCCGGCGUGGCCCUGGCGAGCCUGGACUACGGCCAACUAGGCGCGUCGCUGGCGGAGGUCGGCGUCCCCGUCAAGUACGAUGCCGGCGUCGCGCUGUCGGUGCAGCUGGUGUCGUUCUCCUGCGGCGGGUUCGCCGUGGCGUGGGCCAGCAACCACGUGCUCACGGACGGGUACUCGUUGUGCAUGAUCGCCAGCGCGUGGUCCGAGGUCGCGCGCUCCGGGACGCUCUCCGCCGCCGUGAACCACGACCGCUCCGUGUUCCGCCCACGCGCCCCGCCGUCCUACGGCCCCUCGUUCGGCGAGCAGUUCUCGCCGGUGGAGGGCGAGCACCUCGUCAAUGCGCUGACUACCCAGUGCUCCUUCGUCGAGCGCACGUAUUACGUCGAGGCGCGAGACCUCGAGACGCUCCGCUCUCAGGCGAGCCAGGUCGGCGUGGUGGCCACCCGCAUCGAGGCGCUGUCCGCGUACCUGUGGAAGGCGUUCGCCGCCGUCGUGGGCGCGUCCGACGAGAGCUGCCGCAUGGGCUGGUGGGUGAACGGGCGGCCCCGUCUUGCCGCGCCGAGGUACAAGGCGGCGAUGCGGGAGCGCGAGUACAUCGGCAACGUCACCACGCUCGCGGUGGCCGAGGCGAGGGUGGAGGACACCCGCCGGCUUCCGCUCCCGGACAUCGCGUCGACGGUGCGCGAGACGAUCAGGUCCACGGCCACGGACGAGCACUUCCAGCAGCAGGUGGACUGGGUGGAGGAGCACAGGGCUACCAAGUACGUCGAGACGGCCUCCGUCGGGUUGGGUAGCCCGGUGCUGACCGUCACCUCCUUCGCGACGUUCAGUUUGGACACCGACUUCGGCUUCGGGCGUGCCGCGCUGACGAUGCCCACAGGGGAGGACUGCGGGAGGCUGUGCAGUGCCUUCGUGCAGAUCAUCGCGCGCCCGGGAGGCGACGGCUGGCUCGUUAACAUGUAUGUGUGGCCGAGGCUCGCCGCCGCGGUCGACUCCGACGAGCGCCGCAUCUUCAAGCCUCUCACCGCUGAGUUCCUCGGCCUUGGCCAUUAUAGCCGGCUUUGAAAAUUUGUCGCUUUUCAUUUUUAUUUAUUUG